UUCUGGAAACUUAAAAGGUUUACAAUGUGAAUGCAAUUAUUAUAGACUAGAGUGGAUAAUUCAUAGUGAAUAAAGAUGAGAAAAGAAAAAUAGUUUUAGUAACUCUUUUAUUUUGCCAGAUGGUUUUUUGUUUAAUAAACAUUGGUUUCUGGUGUAACUUUUUCAAUUCAACAGGGUUUAACCAAUUUUAGCAAAUUUCUUGGAGAAUUUGGCCUUAGUGUGUUCUCAUACCUUGUUAUCCUAACUGGUUGUUUAACCAUAGUUUUUACUUUCAUCUAGUUAAUGGACACAUCGAAGUUUUGUUUUGAAUUGGCUCAUCUUCUUGGGCAGCCUUUCAAAUAUUGUAUCAGGGACUGCAGUAACUGUUUGAAUGUGCAGCCAGUCUUGGUUCAAAAAGGAAACGCAUGGUGACCAUGUCUCUUUUUAGCUAAAAUGACCAUAUAAUCAGGGUGCAAGGGAGGGCUCGAUACUACUCUUUGCAUGACAGAUUUUAGCAAAACGUUGAGAUAUCAAAUAGUGGAUGGGGAGCUCUACAUUUGGGGAAAGAACUCCAAUGGACAGCUUGGUCUUGGAAAAAGUAACAACUGAACCUCAACAAGCGGCAAAAGUAGUUCCUGCUCUGACAAAAAUAGAGUGCUUGAGUGGAAUCUGCAUAAAACUUGUAAAACUUGCAGCCUUGGGUUCUGAGCACUCAGUUGCUGUUACAGAUGGAGAGGUUUUAAGUUGGGGAGGAGGAGGGUCCGGAAGACUUGGUGAUGGCUAUGAAUCAAGCAUUUUAGGGUUCUUAAGCAGCUCCAGCUCCAGUGAAUACACACCAAGACUUAUCAAGGAACUUGAGAAAGUCAAGGGUCAAAAAUGCACCUUUUGACCUCAUCGCAGGGUCAAAAAAGCGGCUGCUGGGCUUCUGCAUUCGACAUGCAUUGAUGGAAAGGGCUGUGUCUUUAUUUUUGUUGAGAAAGCAGCAGAUAAGAUGGUCUUUCAAAACAGAAAAAAUGCAACAACGCCAUCCAUGAAUAGCAAGCUACCAUAUUCAGAUGAAGUUGCAUGUGGUGGUUAUCACACGUGUGUUGUGACAAGUUCUUAUAUCGAUUUUCUCCUCCUUUCUUUUAUUUUAAAGUUCUUUCAUAUAUGUAAGAGGGAUUUUCUGAGAAUAUCUAAUCCUUAGACCAUUGUGAUUUUUCAUCAUGAUUUCUUGCUAGAUUGUUCAUCACGUGAUUUGCACAACAAGAAAUCGCAAGUCUCUUGACAGUGUG